ACUUGGUAGGCUGUCUGAAGGUGGCUCCCGGGCGCAGUCUGGCUGGCAGGUGUUGACCCCCUCCUCAGGUUCGAGUCACGUUGCACGCUGCCCCGCGAUGUAUCCUGCUGGCCCUGCGUGGCCGAGACUCCGAAUUCUGCGGGCGCUGUGGGCACUACUGGCGGUACUAUUUGCAUCGUGGAGGCUGUGGGCGUUCCAGGAUAUCCAGGAGUGCACCUGGCAGGUUGUCCUGAACAAGUUCGAGACGGUAGGCAAGAAUGGCAUGAGCGACCGUUUCUUCCAUCAACAGCCCGUGGCGACACUGGACAGUGUGUUCAGGCCUCUGGUGGAUGCACCCACCGACCAGGGCGAGAAAUACCUGAGCUUCCCAUACUACCUGAAGAUCAACUACUCCUGCAAUGGAGAGUCCUCCGAGGCCCAGGUCCGCAAGGGCCACCUGACGGGGCUGAAGCCCGUGGUGCUGGUGACCUUCCAGUCCCCAGUCAAUUUCCAUCACUGGAAGAUAGAACAGCUGCAGAUCCAGAUGGAGGCAGCCCCCUUCCGCAGCGAAGAGCAGUGCACCGCAGAGCAGGUAUGUGUCAUGAGCUGGUACACGCCCAUGCCCAUCAAGAACGGCAGCGUGCUCAUGCGCGUGGACGUCAGCAGCAACGGCCUGGGGCCUUUCAUUCCCACGAAAAGGUUCCAGGUGAACAUCAACGGCUUCCUGCAGAGACAGCAAGACAACACCCUCCACUUCACUGUAGGAAAUGAGAUCUUCAAUCUCAUACCCCGGUACUUCAUGAAUGUCCCGUCGAGGCCCCUGUGGUACACUGUGGACCAGGCACCAGUGCUCAUCCUGGGGGGCAUCCCUGAAGAGAAGUCCGUCCUGCUGACUGACACCAGCUUCAAGGACUCCUUUCUCGUGGAGUUGAACAUUGACAGUUGCUGGGUAGGCUCCUUCUACUGCCCUCAGGCAAUUUUUACGGCUACCAUCUAUGACGCCAUUGCCACCGAAAGCACUCUCUUCAUCCGGCAGAACCAGCUGGUCUACUAUUUUACAGGCACUUACCUCACCCUCCAUGAAAGCAACCACGGCAGUGGGAGCUGGGUUCGUGUCCUGGCCAACGAGUGCAUCAAGAGCCUAUGCCCCGUGCAUUUCCAUAGCAAUGGCUCAGAGUACGUCAUGGCCCUCACCUCUGGCAAGCGGGAAGGUUAUGUCCACUUUGGGACCAUCACAGAUGGCCACGUGUCCUUCCAGGUGCUGCCCAAGCAUCGGUCUGUGUGCAAAGGGAUACAAGUUUUCAACUGCUCCAUAACCUGGGCCGUAUUCAUUGCUGGUGACUACAUUCUCCUGAUGCUGGUAGAGAUCCAAGACCCCACCACCAGGAGUUAUUUCCAGGUGGUCAGCUACGACUUGGUCAGUGAUAACCUGGUGAUCCUCUACACCAUCCCGGAAUUCAUCCCUGAUGCUCGAGGCCUGGAGUUUCUGAUGAUCCUAGGAACAGAGUCUUACACCAACUUCACGAUGGUACCCAAGGGCAUGUUCUACAACCCGUAUAACAACCUGCUGUUCAUCUGGGGCAACUUCCUCCUGCAGAGCUACAACAACGAAAACUUCAUCUACCUGGCGGAUUUCCCCAAGGAUCAGUCCAUUAAGUACCUGGUCAACUCGUUCCAUGGAGAAACAGCUAUUGUCACAGAGACGGAGGAGAUCUGGUACCUCCUGGAGGGCAGCUACCGGAUGUACAGGCUAUUCCCAUCCAAAGCCUGGGAGGUGCAUGUCAGCCUACAGGUGAUGCAACAGUCCUCUUUCUACACCCGCAUUGAGACCAUGGUCACCCUCUUCUACGAAGACCACCAACUGUACCAGCUGGUGUAUCUCAUGAAUGGUGGGCAGGGCCGGCUUGUCAAGAGGCUUGUGCCUGUGGAGCAGCUCCUGAUGUACCAGCAGCCGGGCAGUCACUACCUCUUGGAGCAACGGGGGAACCACCUGACGCUGUCCUUCGCCAACUUCUGCCCCUUCACCGUAAUGCGCUUGCGCGACCUGCCCAACCCGCAGAUCUACACUCGCCAGGAGCGCUACCGGGCACACCCGCCCCGCGUGCUGGAGCCCUCGGGCUUCCACGACCAGAACUCGCUCGCCGUCUACCAGGGCCUCGUCUACUACCUGCUUUUUCUGCACUCCAAGUACCACAAGCCUUACGCGGACCCGGUGCACGACUCCACCUGGCGCUGGUGGAAGAACAAGAAAGUGGACCAGGAUUACUACUUCUAUCUGGCUAGCAACUUGCAGAGCGCGAGUAACGUGUACAUUGACAUGGCCAGCUACGAGAAGAUCUACGACCUCAAGGCCGAGCACGAGCUGCCCGAGCGCAUCUACCUGGACAAGGGCACCAGCUACGGCUUCUCCAUCUUCGUGACCGUCCGCGGACACUCGUUAGAGUUCCAGCCGGAGCGCGUGCUCACCACCUUAGAGCUGCGCAGCAAAGUGGAUCUGGGCGUGGUGCUGGCCGAUGCGGACUGCAUCGAGGUGGUGGUAAACCAGAAGGUCCUCAUUAAUCGCAACUCGGUGCUUUUCUGGGUUACGCUCCGUGAUAAAAGGUCUUGCUUUGAUCAGGGCCUUAGUGGACAUCACCUCAUGAAGACGUCCGUGUUGGUCAAGGUGGUGGGCGCGGUCGGGCACUGCUUCCAGAACACACAUCGGGGACUCCACAUGCAAGGCAACUUGAUGAUUCCAUUGCUCAUCGGCUGUCCCCCAGGAAAGCGCCUGGCCUUCGACAUCACCUACACGGUGGAGUACAACCGCCUACAGAACAAACACUACUUUGACUGCGUGCAUGUUGACCCUGAGAUGCCCUGCUUCCUCUUCCGUGAUACCUUCUACCCUUUCUUCUUGAUCCAAGACUUGGUGACAGGAGAGUCGGGCAGUUUUCAGGGCAGCUACGUGUUCAAGGUGGUAGGCGGUGGGCCCACGAUGGACACUCUCAUUGAAUACAGCGAGGAGGAGAUUUACCGCUUCAACAGCCCCUUGGACAAAACUAACAGCCUCAUCUGGACCACCAAGAACACAACGACCACAAAGGACUCGGCCUUCAACAUCAUGACCCACCAGAGUUUGGGCAUCGAGUGGCUGUGUCUGGAGAACUCCCCCUGCCAUGACACCAUUCCCCACAGCAUCUUUGCCCCCGAGUUCUUCUUUAAGGUGUUGGUGAGCAACAGAGGUGUGGACAAGAGCACAUACUGUGACCACCAGCUCAUCUUCCUGUUGCAUAUCCAUGGCCUCCCACUCAGUGCCGAGCGGGCCCUCUUCAUCCUCAUGGUGUCAUUCAUUGUGUUUAUUGGCCUGGUGAGCCUCUACAUCAUCUUUUGCCUCCUGCUGACCCCGAUGGUCAAGGCCUGCAACAUCCUCCGCUGGAAGAUCAACAACAUCAUCACAUCAGAGUCCUACUACACCUACAAGUCCUCUUCUAGAAUCUUCAGUGGGACAUCUGGGACCAAAUCCAGGGCCAGCUCCAGCAUCGGCUCCAGCAUCAGCUCCAAAGUGGUGGAGGGGAACCAGUAGAUCCCUGAGGAACCCUCAGAGAAGCAGUCUAUUACUUGAGUCCUUUGCCUGCCUCAACCCCAACCUGUGCACUCCCCUCACUUCCUGGGCCAUCUUGGAAAUCCAAUUAUCACCCAUCCCAGGCUUUUUUGGUUUUGUUUUGCUUCGAUUUUCACUUCUCCUUCAGACCUAAAUCCUCGUAUCAGAACCAGCUGUGGGCCCUUGUAAGGGCUCAUGUUCAGUUAGUUUGUACCACACAGUCCUAUAGGUCAUUAAAAUCAAAAUCCUUCUGUGCUGUCUGGUAAAUAGCAUUUUCUCUGUGUGCCUGCCAACCCCACCCCUCCCCGGGCUGCCCCCAACCUCCCCACAGUCCAGCAAAGUCUUCCAUGACCCAGACCCAUCGCUGUGGCCUGGAGUACAUUCUGAUUGUUCGGUGCCCAGGUUUAGUACCAAUCAUUAAAUAUUUUGAAUUUCAAUACCUCUCUAGUGUCUAGCUUAAGGAGGGGACUCUGGAGAGGUUAGGAUUUUUGUUUUAGUUGCAAGUAGCAAAAAUUUCACUUAAAUGGCCUACACAGAAAUGGUAAUUUAUGGGCUUUAAUAUAGGCUUCAGGUAUAGUUUGAUCCAGAAGUCAUCAAUGUCUGUAGGGUUCUGGCUCCAUUUCCCUGUAGCUUUUCCUGACCUUCCCUCCUCUUAGUGUAGUCUCUAAUCUCAGGCCAGCCCCCUUUACAGUCCAAGGCCCACAUAUGUUAUUGUUCAGAAAGAGAAGGGGUUGGAGUCCAACAUUCCCAAGCAAGUCCUAUCAGUCACUCUGAUUAGAUGGGGAUGGGUCCUGAGCUCACCAUUUUACUACUCACACUGCCAGAAGUUAAAGCCAAUUGAGCCCACCCCUGGAGCUGAGGAGAGUUUUACCCUAAUCUCUUGAUUAUGUGUGAGGAAGGACAGUUCUUGUAAGGAAAAUGUGCUGUCAAGAAAGGAAAAGACUGAAAGGCAAAACCAAAACAAAACCCCUGCUCCAACAAAAAGGUCCAGGGGUCUGCCAUGCAGACUGAGGGAUGAAGAGGUUGUCCUUGAGAUGAACACCAGGGAGAAGGAGAAGGUUUUGGGGACAGACUGAGGCCUUCAGGCAUGUAUGGUCAUGGUCAUGUAUGGCAGUUCAGGUAUGAGAGACUUCUGGAGGAGGUCAUCCAAGAGGCUGCAGGGAUGUCAGAUCUGGGGCUUAGGAGGAAGGUUGGGGAUGGUCAAGCCAUAUGGCACCAUAGUCCCCAGUAAAGACCCAUCAACAAUAUUAACUGCAUUGAUGCAAAUAAAGAAAAUGUGAUAAUA